AUGAACACUGGCACGCAGAAGGCCCCCAAGACCCCCAAACCAACGGCCUCGGUGCCAAUCGUGCAAAAUAAACGCUGGCCCCCAAUGGCGAACCGCAACGCCCUUCCAUACAAACUCACGCACAUGUCGAAAGAGAAGCUGGCUCGUGAAGCCACUGCUCCCGACCCCGAUCUUCGCCGCUGCGUCGCUCACUUCCGCCUGCACUGCGGCUCUGUCCUGUGGACUGAAAAUGAUAUGAAGUCUCGCAUCAGUUCCUUCGAUUUUGAGGACACCGACGAGGAGGACGAGAUGGACGAAAUGAAAAACACAGAACUCCCAGUUCUGAAGAACAGGGCCCCGGCCAACGAGACUCCGGUUCAAGUCGCCGAACAAAUAUCCCGCAAUCCACAGCCUGUCGCUGUUGCCGCUCCUCCAGCUGUUGCCGCUCCAGCAUCAUCACCGUCUCCUGAAAAUUCAUCCGAGCAUGGUUUUUUGGAAAAAGGUCGCAAUUGUCUUGAGGCGACCUCCAAACACCUCUGGACAGGAGGGUCUUGCAUCGUUUCCCCCAUGGCGGGUUAA